UCACUGUGCGGUGUAGUUAGGCGGGGCGGGGGCUGUAUUGUUGCUGUCGGCUUGCGGGACGUGAAGACUCUUUUCACACCGUUCAGACUUGGCUUAAAACAGCUGAUAAUAACAGUUAUACCAUUAACUCCGUAAAGCUAGUUUGUUUCUUUUGUCAUCUCGAGUCAACAUGGGGAACUGCUUAACUGUGGGGCCGAACGAAGCUCUGGUGGUGUCUGGUGGUUGUUGUGCCUCUGAUACAAGGACCUACACUGUGGGAGGCUGGGCCUGGGCUUGGUGGCUCAUCUCGGACACCCAAAGGAUAACCCUCGAGAUCAUGACUCUGCAGCCCCGAUGUGAGGAUGUGGAGACAGCAGAGGGGGUUGCCAUCACUGUAACAGGGGUGGCUCAGGUGAAAGUCAUGACGGAGCAGGACUUACUGGCAGUAGCUUGUGAGCAGUUCCUGGGGAAAUCAGUCAUGGAAAUCAAAGCUGUGGUUAUACAGACUUUGGAGGGACACCUGCGCUCCAUUCUAGGUACCUUGACUGUAGAGCAGAUCUAUCAGGACAGAGACCAGUUUGCUAAACUGGUGAGGGAGGUAGCAGCUCCCGACGUGGGCAGGAUGGGCAUUGAGAUUCUCAGCUUUACCAUCAAGGAUGUGUACGAUAAACUGGACUACCUGAGCUCCCUGGGGAAGACGCAGACUGCAGCUGUCCAGAGGGAUGCAGACAUCGGCGUGGCUGAGGCAGAGAGGGAUGCUGGGAUACGGGAAGCAGAAUGUAAGAAGGAGAUGAUGGACGUCAAAUUCCAGGCUGACACCAAGAUGGCCGACUCCAAACGGGAACUGGAGCUGCAUAAAGCUUCUUUCAACCAGGAAGUCAACACGAAGAAAGCAGAGGCCCAGCUGGCGUAUGAGCUACAGGCAGCCAAGGAGCAGCAAAAGAUCCGCCUGGAAGAGAUUGAGAUCCUAGUGGUGCAGAGGAAGAAGCAGAUCACCAUUGAGGAGAGGGAGGUUGAACGGACAGACAAAGAGCUCAUUGCCACAGUCAAGAGGCCCGCUGAGGCCGAGGCCUACAGAAUGAAGCAGCUGGCUGAGGGGCACAAGACAAGGACGGUGCUGUUAUCCCAGGCUCAGGCAGAGAAGAUCAAGAGGAUCGGUGAGGCGGAGGCUAGCUCCAUCGAAGCAGUGGGAAAGGCGGAGGCGGAGAAGAUGAGACUGAAGGCUGAGGCCUACCAGCAGUAUGGAGAGGCAGCUAAGAUUGCUCUGGUGCUCGAGGCCCUGCCUUUGAUUGCUUCUAAGGUGGCAGCGCCGUUAUCCAAGACCAAUGAGAUAAUCAUCCUCAGUGGGGAGAGCAACCACGUGACGGGCGAGGUGAACCGCCUUUUGGCUGAACUUCCUGUGUCUGUCAAUGCUCUCACUGGAGUGGAUUUGACGAAGAUCCCGUUUCUGCAGAAGAUGACCAAUGCUCAAGCCUGAAAACGGACGACGCCACAUGACUUCAGUAUCUGUUGUAUGCACUCUGAUCGACUGCCUUUAAUACACUUGAAGAAUUGUGUUGUUUUAUACGUAUAUACUGUAUACCAAGUGAAUUUUGGAAACCUCUGGUGCCUUACUUUUUACAGGGCCAGAAGAUCUGAAUGCACUGCUGCUCAUUCAAAGAUUUUUAGUUUUAUUUUAUUUUCACAUGGGAAUAUUUUGUGUUUUGUUUUUAUUUAUUUUUUUGUAUUUGAAUAUAUAUAUAUAUAUAUAUAUAUAUAUAUAUAUAUAUUGUCCCGUUCUCAUGACAUGUCAUCAAAAACGGGAGCUGAUAUUAGACUGGAGUGAUGCUGGUUAGAUUCAUAUUACCAUGUGACCUGACAUCUGAUGUUAACAUCUAUUCUUUGGUACAUUGGAGUCGUGCUUUUUUAGACCAGAAGGCCUCUGCUCUCACUUUUUACAUUCCGUAUGAUGCAGGCCUUUUUGUUGAUUUAUAUACCUCUUUUUUUAUCGUUAGGCACAUCUGCAUUCUCUAGAUGAUCUGAAUAUGUUCUUAUUAAUUGUAGAGCUUUCUUUAUUUUGUACAUGUUAUAAUGUUUAACUAUUUAUGUUAUUUAAUGUGGAAUUGAUUGAUUUUUACAAUGUAACAGGUGCUUACAAUCUUAAAAGAAGCCCCUUUCAUUGUGCAAAUCUGUUCUCCUGAAAGAAGUUUAAAUCUCUACAAUAUGUUGAUAUCAGGAAUGAUACAGAUGAUUAUUAUUUAUUUUAUGCUGGUAGGGAAAUCGGAAGAAAAAUCUGAUCUUGUGCUGAUAUGGUUAGCUUGUAAUGUGUUUUUUUAUUAUUUAGUGUGGGUGUUAAUGUGAAAACGUUAGUAGUUUCGGCCUUGAUUAAGAUUGAAAAAAUCAGUUGGUGUAUAAAAAAAAGAAGAGAAAAAAAAUCCAUUGGCAAAUUGUAAAAGUGACUGGCUUGGAGUUGUGUGAAAUAUGUUUAUAUUGUGUGGAAAAAGCUUAAUGUGAAUAGAUUUUGAAAAUGAGAAGCCAAAAUAGUGAUGCCAAAUAGAGUAGAUUGUCUUUUCAUUUUCAUUGUAUCAGAAGGACUACGGAUACUGCAUAGUUUAUCUGAUGUUUCAUUUCAUACUACAAGUACCUGUAGAUGCUAAGCCAUGUUCAACAAACCAAACUUCUACACUUUUCAGAGAAAACACACUUUCUGUUCAAUGUCUGCACAUGUCUGCACUGAUGUGUUUUUAAUAACUGUGACAUCAAAUAUAGAAAGAUCUUUUAGCAGAGUACUUAAACGUAUCUAUUUAAAGCAGCGAUGUUGCUUUUUGUAAAUGGUCACAAUGCUUUGUUUUAUAGUCUAUUGCACCAAAUGUUGAGUUUUAGUGCAGUAGUAGAAAUGAUCAGACGUGGAAAGGCUUUUGGAAAAAGAUUGGGGGUGAAGUUGCCAGGUACACUAUAUUAUUGGGCAUAACUCCUAUGACAUGUAUUUCACCCACCUUUGCUUGUCUCCACUAAAUGCUGUAAAGAACUACACCCAUCUACACCAAACCUAAACCAUCAUGUUUAGUUUGAACCUCAUAUCUCAAGCAGGUGACAAAUGAAGUGGUAGUUUUAUUAAGACUGAAGAAACAGCCAUUAUGAGCAUCCUGACACAGAAUUCACAAACGACUGUUGUUAUUAUUAUGAUUAUUGUUGUUAAUAUUGUUUUUUGUGCUCAUCCUUACUUAAUUUAUUUGUGUAUCAUUUGCUGAUAUAGUGACUUGAGAAAUACUGUGAUCAUAAUGAUUUUGUUUAGCUAUAAAUGUGUCCAGUGUAUAUAUGACAUGUUUGUGUUAUAUUCCUAAUGUUAUUUACGUCACGUACACUGUCAAACGGCCAUGAGUUCCUGUAUGCUCUUGCUGCAUGUCAUCCAUCUGUACUCAAAAUAAUCAGUUCACUCUUAGCUAAUUGUCAUUCUAAUAAAUCAAAAUGCCAUACUA